UACUUCCGGCGCGACAUUUUCCCUCCACGCCUGGACUGGGCUGUGGGGGAGGGAGGCGGUUAGUGGGCUUUAGCGCCUUUCCCGACGGCGGUAGAUUUGAAGCGCUUCGGAGGACCGGGCCCGGAGAAGAGAAGCCCGUGGCGGUGCAGGAGUACAUUCCUUGCGCCAUGAGACGCUCUCUUUUUUGUUUGUUUUUGAUCACCAGUACAUCUAAGAAGUAAUAGAGUGUGGAGCUAAAUCCAGAAAGAAUAAGGAACAAAACGAUUGAUUCAGUUAUCCUUGGUGGGUUUUCGUUUUUUAUUGUUUCCCCUAAACUGAAAGACUGAAGUGUCGGAACCAUGGGAAUAAAGGUUCAGCGUCCUCGAUGUUUUUUUGACAUUGCCAUUAAUAAUCAACCUGCUGGAAGAGUUGUCUUUGAAUUAUUUUCCGAUGUAUGUCCCAAAACGUGUGAGAACUUUCGUUGUCUUUGUACAGGUGAAAAGGGGACAGGGAAAUCAACUCAGAAGCCAUUACACUAUAAGAGCUGUCUCUUUCAUAGAGUUGUCAAGGAUUUCAUGGUUCAGGGUGGUGACUUCAGUGAAGGGAAUGGAAGAGGAGGAGAAUCAAUUUAUGGAGGAUUCUUUGAAGAUGAGAGUUUUGCUGUUAAACACAACAAAGAGUUUCUCUUAUCAAUGGCCAACAGAGGGAAGGAUACAAAUGGCUCUCAGUUCUUUAUAACAACGAAACCAACUCCUCAUUUAGAUGGGCAUCAUGUUGUCUUUGGGCAAGUGAUCUCUGGUCAGGAAGUUGUGAGAGAGAUCGAAAACCAGAAAACAGAUGCUGCUAGCAAACCGUUUGCUGAGGUUCGGAUACUCAGUUGUGGAGAGCUGGUUCCCAAGUCUAAGGUUAAGAAAGAAGAGAAGAAAAGGCAUAAGUCAUCAUCUUCGUCAUCGUCCAGUGAUUCAGAUAGCUCAAGUGAUUCUCAGUCCUCCUCUGAUUCUUCUGAUUCUGAAAGCGCUUCUGAAGAAAAAUCCAGAAAAAGGAAAAAGAAACAUAGGAAAAAUUCCCGAAAGCAUAAGAAGGAGAAGAAGAAGAGAAAGAAAAGCAAGAAAAGCCCGUCCAGUGAAAGUGAAGCAGAAAAUGUUGAUGCACAGCCCCAAUCUACUGUCCGUCCAGAAGAGAUCCCUCCUAUACCAGAAAACAGAUUCCUAAUGAGGAAGAGUCCUCCUAAAGCUGAUGACAAGGAAAGGAAAAACAGAGAGAGAGAAAGAGAAAGAGAGUGUAACCCACCUAACUCCCAGCCUGCCUCAUACCAGCGACGAUUCUUAGUUACUAGGUCUGGCAGGAAGAUUAAAGGAAGAGGACCAAGGCGUUAUCGAACUCCUUCCAGAUCCAGAUCGAGGGAUCGAUUCAGACGAAGUGAGACUCCUCCACAUUGGAGACAAGAGAUGCAGAGAGCUCAGAGAAUGAGGGUGUCAAGUGGUGAAAGAUGGAUCAAAGGGGAUAAGAGUGAGUUAAAUGAAAUAAAAGAAAAUCAAAGAAGCCCAGUUAGAGUAAAAGAGAAAAAAAUAACAGAUCAUAGACACAUGUCUGAGAGUCCAAACAGAAAAAUAGAGAAGGAAAAGAAAGUUAAAGACCAUAAAUCUGAAAGCAAAGAGAGAGACAUCAGAAGAAAUUCAGAAAAAGAUGAUAAAUAUAACAAAAACAAGGUGAAGAAAAGGGGCAAAUCCAAGAGUAGGAGCAAGAGCAAGGAGAGAUCCAAGAGUAAGGAGCGAGACUCAAAGCACAGUAGACACGAAGACAAGAGGGUGAGGUCCAGAAGUAAAGAAAGGGAUCACGAGACUACUAAAGAAAAAGAAAAACAGUUGGAUUCUAAAGGGAAAGAUCAGGAAAGGAGUAGAAGCAAAGAGAACUCCAAACAGGUAGAAUCGAAAAGUAAUGAACAUGAUCAUAGCAAAAGUAAAGAAAAGGAUAGACGUGCACAGUCUAGGAGUAGAGAACGGGAUCUAACUAAAAGCAAACACAGUUACAACAGUAGAACAAGGGAGCGAAGCAGAAGUAGGGACAGGAGCAGAAGAGUGCGGUCCAGAAGCCAUGACCGAGAUCGCAGCAGAAGCAAGGAGUACCAUAGAUACAGAGAACAGGAGUAUAGGAGGAGAGGAAGGUCACGAAGCCGGGAUCGAAGAACACCAGGACGAUCGAGAAGUAAAGAUAGGAGGAGAAGAAGGAGGGAUUCCCGGAGCUCAGAGAGAGAAGAAAGUCAAAGUAGAAACAAAGAAAAAUAUAGAAGCCAAGACAGUAAGAGUUCACACAGAAAAGAAAAUUCUGAGGGCGAGAAAAGAAUGUACUCUAAAAGUCGUGAUCAUAGUAGCUCAAAUAAUAACAGGGAAAAAAAGGCUGACAGAGAUCAAAGUCCAGUGUCCAAAACAAAGCAAAGCAGUCAGGACAAUGAAGCGAAGUCCUCCACGUUAAAAAAUCAAGAGGACGAGAAGACCAGAUCCCCAGUGGAGAAAGAAAACCAAAAAUCAAAGGGUCAAGAAAAUGACCAUGUACAUGACAAAAAUAAAAAAUGUGAUCAUGAAUCGAGCCCUGGAACAGAUGAAGACAAAAGCGGAUGAGUGAGUUGUGUACACUUAUUCCUUCCUGUCUCAGAUUUUACGUUUUCAAGAGCCUCCCUUUCUUGUUGUUUUCAUUGUUUGGAGUUGUUUUAUGUUUGUGUCCCCCCCACCCCAACCCACCCCUUUUUUUUAAUGUGGACUUUAUUGAGUUGAUCUUUUGAUAAUCUGCUACCUGGAUAAUUUGUACUGCUACAGUUUUAAUAAACUUGAAAUGAAAAGCAAAACAAGGCUUUGGUGUAGUACUGUGUGCUUGUUAAGCUCCUGUGCAGUCAUUUCCGUGUUGCAGCAGUCCGCAGCAGCCGACUUUGCUUAGUCAGCCACUUGGAAACAACCUCAACUGUGGGUUGCAGUACAUUGUUAUACAGGCUGUGUUUCUUUUGAUACAAAUCCCUUUAGAAACCACUUGAAGUUUUGUAUAGCCUUUUGAGUUUUGGUUUUUCAUUUCUAAUUCAUAGGCUUAUAGCAGUUUCUCGAAUUAACAGAAGCAGGAUCCUUAUAUGUGAUCUCAAACCUUCACUUGAUUUUACAGUUAUUUGUGCUUUAGUUGCUUUUUUGUGCUUUAUACCUUACACUUUACAAUUCCAGCUGUAGCUUGUUCCUUACUAUUGUCCGCGUUGCUCUGUGAGCUGUAAGAAUGAGGUGAAUGCUGUUUUCAGUUGGUGUGCUGAUUGAGCUUGAGUUGCUGUUAUACAGCAUUUGACAGAAAUUAGACCCUGGAAGACCAGACUGUAAUUUUCAAUUCUUUGUUGUUUUUGGUGGGAAGAGCUGAAAUUAUUGCUUUUUAAAAACAUGUUAUUACCUUUUUCUACAAUUUAAAAAAUUCAUUUCUCAUUAAAACAUACUACUUGUGUAGGUCCUUCUUAAGCUAGACAGAUUCUAAAAAGCGUUAGUAUUGGAAAUAAGAUUUCCCUAUUUUGGCUAUUAGCCUAUAUCACAUGGAGUGUUAAUUCUGCAUGAUUUGGGUUUUGUUUUUAAACUUGGACUGACUUCUCUAAUUCUCAUAGCUGUUAAUCUGAAAUGUCAAGAAGAUGCAUCUCUCUAUAUCUGUACCAUGAUAGGCUGUAGCAUGUUUGUGACUCUGGUUUUUUCUGUUCAGAUGGCUUUAGACCAGUUUACUGUUAACAUUAUUUUACCUUGGCAUGUAUAACAUUGCCAUAUAGAUUAGAAUAGAACGUUGCAAAAUAUACCGUACAGAGUUAAACACUAAACAUAGCCAAAGUCCAUUCAGAAUUUUGUGUGUUGUAUUUUACUAUUUUUGUGAUGUGUGGUCUUUUAUUCUGUAAUAUCCUUCUAAAUAAAACAUUGAACAUCCAGCAAA